AAUUUUUAAUCAAUAGCUCCUGUAAAGGCAAAAAAGAUAAUAAAAUUAAUCAAAUAUGGGACUCGUUUUAUGACCGCAUAAAUACAAACUAUAUAUAGAUAAAUAAUAAAAAUAGAAAUAAAAAUUGAAGAAUCAUAAUCAUUGUACAGCUUAUAUUUUUAUAUUUUCUAUAUUUUUAUAUUUGUUUGCACAUUAUCAUUAUAAGCAUUUAUUCUUAUAUGGAUAUGUAUAUAAAUGUUUGUGUUUCUUUAUCAAUAAAAAACGAAAAGUAAUUAAUCUCAUAAUCAUAAUAUUAAGUACUUAAUCUUUUUUAUGUGAUAAAUAUAUUUAUAUAUAUUUUGAUAUAUCUUGUAUAAAAUAUUGUUUCUGCUUUAGAUAGAUACAAUAAUUAUUACUGUCUAUAUAUUGUAGUAAAGCAAAGAUAAGCACGCGGUGACAAAGAGAUAGCCAUUCUUUUUUAAAUGUAAUCUAUGUUUUGUCGUUUAGUAAAAAAGAAAAUAAAAUGUUUAUAAAAAUUCAGGUGCAUAUAAAUUCAAAGCUUAUUAGUUAAUGUUUUGUGACUAUUAAUGUGUAUAUAUGAAACAACUAAUGUUCGCGAAAGAAUUUGAUGAUCCAAUUCGACAGAGAAUAAAAAAUGUCGAACUUACAGUAUAAAAUAUGUCAAUAUGUCAAUACAAGUAAUAUAGGAAUAUUUUAGAGAUAUAGAUUUAUAUUAUAUUAGCACAAAAUGUAAUGUUAAAAGUAAUAUUCUUAUAUUAUUUUUACAAUGGAAAAAGUUAUACCAAUGAGCUGGUUGAACCAGAUAUUGUUGGUUUUAAGUAUAUUAUGUGCAUUGUUAUCUUUAAUUAUACAAGAAUGGGCAGGUCUCACACCAUUACCAAUAUACGUUUCUAUUUUAUGGGCUAUUUUUAUUAUAAUAUUAUCAGUAUGGCUCAGUUGUUUUUUAUUUCAACUUGCAUUAAAAGCUAAUAGUCCACUUAAUAUAAAAUUUCUUAAUAAUUGGCUAUAUGAAAAGUUUAUAAAUAAUUUGAAAUUAUAUGAAUAUAAAAAGGAAAAUGAAUGUAAUAAUAAAUCUGAAAAUGAAGUAAAGAUAAAUAAAAAUAUAAAUUCUAUACAAAUACCUCAUAAAAAACAGAAAGAAAUGAUCAUUAUAUCCAAUGAAAAGGAAACAAGCAAUAGAAAAAAAAAGAGAACAGUAGAAAUACAUAAUUUAGUGAAAGAAAUACAUUUAAAAUGCAUUAAAGUUUGGUAUAAAUCUAUCAGUGAUGACAAAUCAUUUCCUAAUGAAGCACAAGAACUAUUAAAAAAAUUAUUGACCAAACUGUUUCAUAAAAUCAGUUUAAUUGACAAAAUAAAGCUUACUCAUAAGCUGUCUAAUGUGUUCUUAUUACAUUUAAAAGAAUAUCACAGAGCAUUACGAAGAGUAGAAAAAGGAACUGCACCAAAUUUAGAGGAAGCAUUUAAAUAUUUGCAUCCUGGUUCUCGUAAUAUAGCAGUAUUAGAGCAUAUGCUUCAUCGAAUGGUUACUAUUUUAGCACAGGAAUUUUUACAAUGGGAAUUAACAAGUUCAUUGCCAUGCAAACUUUUAUUAUCUAUCUUAGCAAAAAGAUUAUUAAUAGUUAUUGAAACAAUAAGUUCUCCACAUUGGCUAUUUCAAAAUUUAUCAGAUUUAUUACAACCAAUGGCAAAAGAAGUUGGCAAAAUUCAAAAUAAACAGGAAAAGAAUGUAUAUUCACAAUUCACUAAAAAAGCUAUAUCUAAUGCUCUAGGAGGUGGUAUAACAUCUGCAACAGCAGCUCUAAUUCCACGAUCAUUACCAAAAUCAAAAUCUGAAUCAUCUAAUGAAGCUUUAAUUGAGCAUGAAAAUACCUCAUUAUCUAUAAAUGAUAAGAGACCUACAUUACGUUUACAUAAUUUAGCUACAGAACAUAGAGGUCUAUGGGGUCAGAGUAUGGUAGAGGUAGAUUCUGAAAUAGAAGAAGAUAAAAUAUCUCCUGUAUAUGAAGAACCUACAGAUUUUGCUACAACAAUUGCUAGACUUAGAACUGUAUUACAACAAAAGUCAAUUGUGAAUACGCCUUUACAUGUUGAAGAAAAGUCUUAUGUAGUAUAUGAAGGUAGUCAAUUUACAAAUUUAUCCAUUCCAUGGACAGAGUUUCAUACAGCUCUUGAUGGUUCACAACAGUUACUUUAUUGUAUUCAAUUUGAUGAUAUAGAACAACGUGGGGUUGAUUUAUUUGAAACUACAACUGCUACUGUCAGAAGACAAUAUCGCGAUUUUGCUCAGUUACAUACUAGUCUACAAGAGAUUCCAGAAUUAACAUCUGUUAUGUCAAAUUUGGUUUUACCAGAAGGAGGUCGUCUUGAAUUAGAAAACUAUUUGAAAACUUUAACUACACGUUUGGCUAACGAAUGUCCACCACAAUUACGACAUUUUCUACGUCCAAGUAGUAACGCUAAUAAAAAAGCGGAUAUAGUUGCACCACGAUUUGAUAAAUUUUUGGUCAAGACAGUAAGUGGAGUUUUUAAUACCUUAAAAACAGUCGUUCCAGGUUUUGAAAUUGAACAAGAGGAAGAAAAUGUACCCUUACCUACGUUAAUGCCUUUAGCUGAUAUUCCAUGGAGAUUUGUCGAGGAUAUUAAAUCGAAAAGUUUAGCAACAGAAUUUCAAAAAUUAAUAACUGAAAGAAUUGAAUAUUCUUGUGUGGAUUCUGCUUACGAAGCUGUUGAUUCGAUGGAAAGUACUAAUGAUUCUGCAUUAUUAACUAAUUGGUGGGAAAUUGUAAAAAGUUCUUAUGAAGAGGAUAUUGACGAAUUGGAUUCACAUCUAAUAUUAACAAGUGUUGCUGUAGAUCUUAUUUGUGAAUUAUUGGCAGGAAUUGGAAGUAAUAAUGCCUUACAACAACAAACAGUUGUUAGAUGGAUAAAAUUACUUUUUGGAAGUGUUACUGAAUCUAUAUUACAAGCUGUUACUUUACGAAUUUCCGAUCAAUUGAGUAAUAUAUCACUUCAUACUGUACAAACUAAAUUUUCUGAAGAACCAUCAACAUUAAAAGAAAGACUGUUACAAGAGCUAUUAAUUAAAAUUCCAAAUGACAUAAAAUUAACAUUUGGUGAGGAUGAUACUUUAAAUAUUUUAAAGUAUCUACUUGAUUCUUAUGAAAUAAAAAAAAUUAAUAUAGACUUAAAUUUACAAAUAUUAGAUGUUUUAGCAUCACAGUUAUUAAGUUCAUGUAGAUCGAAUCAUAGUAAAAUAUCUUUAUAAUUUCAUUUUAUUUUAAUUUGAUAAAAACAGUCAAUUCAAUUCCUUUUUUUAAUUCUACUAAACCAUUAUUGAAGUUAAAAAUAUUAGAGUUGCUAGUUACCGAGAUAUAUUUUAGUCAAAAAAAGGAAUUGAUGUGCCAUAUGUACUAAAUUUGUUGACUCGAUAUAAUGUAGAAUUAUAUAAAAUUUUCCAAAACAGACUGUGUACCUGAUUAUAUAUUUAUACUAAAGAUGCCAAGUAUUUUUUUCAUUAAUACAGGACUCUUGUCAUGAGUUGUAUGAUAUACUUCAUGUAUAUUAGGUACUAUAUGCAUUUAAAUUGUACAUUUAUAUUUAAUGUUUAAGUUUUGUACAAAUAUUUAUGAAAAAUUAUUAUAUUUCUCAAUUAAUAAAAGUCUAUCAAUAUAUAUCAAAUGAAAUUUAAAUGUGUAUGAAAUCUUAAUAAGUUAAUAUAUAUUUAUGAA